AGUCCGAAAAGAGUAAAAAACUGAAACAAAUAAAACGAGGUGCUCUGAAUGUUCCACAUAGAGAGGCUGGAGGGCGCUGACCAUGUCUAAAGAUAAAAUCGAAGAUUUAGGACACCGCCUUCACUAUUUAAAGGCUAACUGAAAUAACAGGACUACACUAAUCGCUUGGGAUUUUAUAAAUCGUACAGGUCUGAGAAGGCUGAACAUCCAAAACUUUCCAAUGAAGAAGGUCACUUGCUUGCUGUUGUUUGUCUUUUGCGCAUGCGAGGUGUUUGCCAAGAAGAGGUACCUCAUUCGUAAAGUUGGCGAUGAUUACGAUGUGAGUCCGGUACAUCAUGAAAAUUAUAUACACAAACCCCGUCCUUACCAUUUUGGAUACAACAUCAAAGACGAGAAAGGAAAUAACCAAUAUCACAAAGAGGAAGGAAACGAAUACAAUCACAAAAAAGGAUCGUACGGCUACACAGAUGCCUACGGGAUUUACAGACAUGUGGAUUAUAUAGCUGAUGACAAAGGUUUCCGUGCCAAAAUUCGAACGAAUGAACCAGGUAUGGAUAACUACCACCCUGCUGAUGUGUACAUUCAUGCUGAACAACCUCCCCAGCAUGUCAACUCACUGUACCAUAAGAAACCUCACUACCCCCAAGAACCAUUGCACCACCAGGAAGAAGAAUACGAAGCUUAUCUUCCAGAUGCAAAAGAAAGAGUUUACGUUCCAGUUUACUCUCCACCUGGUAACAAUGGAGGAAAAGAAUAUUACGUUCGCUGAUGAGGCAAAGAAAUUUUGUUCACAUGUAGAUUAUUUAGAAGAAUUUAUUGUAUAUCUGUUUAAUUCCUUUUCAGUUUUGGUAUAAACCAAAGACCGAAUAAGUAUUACGAUUGCCAAUUUUAAAUAUUAUUGUAUAAUUGAAUAAUAUUGUAAAUAAUGUUAUAUAAUUUUUAUUUUUAGA